GUGCAAGGUUAGUCUCUUGCUUCCUCAUUUGUACCAAUUCACGCUUUACCGGAACAUCGCAAAGCUGAGAUAAUUAAUUUCUUCUUUUGAGAGUUUUGACGAUGCAUGAUACUCUGCUGCGAGUGUUUGUGGUAGCUCUGGGUCUCCUAACUUAUCCGAGGGACGAGCCCGGGUUUGAGGAAUGGGAUGAGAUCAACACAGUGGGCAUGCAAAAGCAUGCAGAGAGGCUGUUGAUGGGAGGAGAUAAACUGGACCACAAAAUGGCACCUGUCAGGGAGGAAAUAACACAAACUGACAAUAGAGGGCCUCUGGAUGACAUAGAAAACAUUCAGUCUGAUCAACAUGUUACUGAAAAAGACACAAUGUCAGUCUUCAAAGAUCUGUCUGUCAUCCAUCAAGAUUCAGAUGAAGAAGUUGCUGAUCACACCUCACCAGAAAGAGGACCUUUUAUAGAAAAUUCAGAUCCAAGUUGGCCUCAAAACUCCAAAACUGAACUUGUGACGGCUCUGAAGAUUUCACAAAAUGGCUGUGAGCAAGAUGGGGAUUUACAACUGGACAAAAAGAGUAAACACAGAGAAGAUAUCAAGACGGACGGCUCUUUUACAGACCCAAGCAGAGCACAAGGGCAACAAGAAAAGCCUGAGGAGAAGGAACUGUUCAGCCCUAAAGAAUCAACUGAAUCAACUGCGUCACACCAUCACACCAUGACAUCAGAAAAUGAAACUUCAGAGGACAUCACUGACGGGGAGGAUUACCUCUGGUACAUAUGGAACACACUCUCCAUCAUUUCUAUGAUCCGCUUCUUUAGGAAAUACCUAGGAAAACAAUCCCAAACGAAACAAGAAACCAAGGCCUUCCCAGUUAACUGCACCGCUGCUGAAGUGCUGCUACCAGACAACGACACUCUGAAGAAAUUUCAUACUAAAUGUUUUGAAGUCUCAUCCGAUAAGAAGUGGAAGGAGUUCUUGGAGGGGUUUACAAAGGAUCUGUUUACAGCCAUGAGGACCGUCUGUGAUAGAAACGGCGGUAUGGUGAUUGAGGACUUUCAGAUAGUGGAUGUGUGCAAUAUAAUCGUCCCCUUAACCCCACCUUAUCCAUAUAGUUUCCAGUGUCAGCUGUGGAACGGUCAGGCAAGUGACCUGCUGCCAGAUAUGCAAGUCUGUGGUCAAAUAAAACUGGUGGAAAAUGAGAAUAUCCAAAAUGGCUGCCACUGUCAGUCUCCUAAUUUAGAUGAUAUGGUGUGCUUGCUGCAUUGUGAGACUGAGAGUGUAAAGACAAAAAUGACUUAUGAUCGUGAUGCCCUUCUUUGCAUGGAGAACUCCCCCUUCCUGUCAAAAGCACUGGUUACCAGAUGGUUUCAGAGCACUAUCAAACAAGCGUGGGAACAGAUUUCACACAAUUAUGAGUUUGAGAUGAACAUUCGCUACAUUAGUGCUCCAGGUGCUCUGGUAGUUCGAUUCAGAUCAGGGAAGAAGAUUAGCUUUAGAAUUAAUCCAGUCGUUAAAGUCAGCACUGGCGCCCAUUUCUUCAUUACUCACUGCUCCCCAAACAACUUGGAUACUUCUUGGACACUCUCCCUGACCAACUAUGAAGAUAGUUUGUUAGAGCACAUCUCUAAAUGCCUGCCUGCAAACUCAUGCCACCGACAAACUCUUGAUAUUGUACUUUUCCUUCACAAGAGACAGACAGCACUGUCAGGAAGCAGUGCACUCAAGGAUUUUCAUUUCAAAGCUGCACUAAUGCAUCUGCUUUUGACCCAAGACCCAUCAGAGUGGAAACCCAAUCUUGUGGCUUGUAGGCUACGAGACUUAUUGGCCUUCAUGGAGAGAAGCCUCAAGAAAAAACUGCUGCACCAUGUUCUUAUUGGGAACCCUUUAAGACAGAGGGUUAUUGAACUUUCUGAUGAAUUUACUCAUGCAAAGACAGUGAAUCUCUUCCAUCCCCUUGUGGUCCACAACUGUAUUUACAAUAAUGCUGUGAUGCAUUUCCAGGAAAUGCUUAGAAACUCACACAUGGUGAUUCAUGAUUACCUUCACAGUUCCAUUUGUUAAAUUUUUUGAUACUCAGUAGCCUUAAGUGUGCAGUUCAAAUUAUAUGUUUAGACUGGUCACUGUUAAGAGCAAGGGGAUUUCUGCUUUUACCUCAUGAAUAAAUGCAAUAGAAACU